AUGACAAUAACAACAGUGGAUGAGUUAUCGACGGGCUCCGAAUCGGACUAUGCCAACUCAUGGGUCACCUGGUUCUUAUCCACCAAGGGAAACGAAUACUUUUGCGAGGUCGAUGAGGAGUACAUCUUGGAUCGAUUCAAUCUUACCGGCUUGAACUCUGAGGUCCAUCGUUAUGGGAUGGCUUUGGACUUGAUCACCGAUGCCUUCGGGGUGGAUGAAUUGGAUGAAGCUACUCGUGAAUCCGUCGAAGGUGCUGCUCGUCAUUUAUACGGACUGAUCCAUGCAAGAUACAUCAUCACCAGUCGAGGCUUAGCCAAAAUGCUUGACAAAUACAAGAAGGCGGAUUUCGGACGAUGUCCAAGGGUGCUAUGCAACACCCAACCAUUACUACCAGUGGGCCUAUCAGACACGCCGUAUUCGAAGGCAGUCAAGCUAUACUGUCCGCGAUGCGAGGACAUCUAUUCCCCGAAAUCGUCCCGCCAUGGGACGAUCGAUGGGGCGUACUUCGGCACCACCUUCCCCCACAUGCUCUUCAUGGUCUAUCCCAAUAUGGUCCCCACCAAACUCUGGCGGCUCGGCACGAUCAGUAACUCCAAUCAGGGCGGCCCUCCGCCUUCCGAGGUCGGUCAGAUGGUCGGCACUAGCUCUAAUAAUAACACCCCCCAGACUGGAAGCUUGGAUAGCGCUUUGAAGGCUCAACGUUAUCGACCUCGCAUUUUCGGUUUCAAAGUUCACCAAAUCGCUAAACGACAAAGAUGGCAAGAAAGCCUUAGAGACGAACAAAUUGAUCGAUUAAAGAAACUUGAAGAACAGGGAAACCUUAACUAAUUUUUUUUUUCUGUUAUUCACAUAUUUCUUAUUUUUUUUACACAUUAUUGUUUCUGUAUGCAUGUGA